GCUGGCGUGCGCGCGCAGGCGGCGCGAAGGUGACCGCGGAGCUCCGCUUCCUGCCGCGGGCCCUCCAGGAUGGCCGCCAUGCUGGGGGACACCAUCAUGCUGGUCAAAGGCCUUGCCAAGCUGACCCAGGCGGCCGUGGAGACCCACCUGCAACACCUGGGCCUCGGUGGGGAGCUCCUCGUGGCAGCCAGGGCCCUGCAGUCCACGGCUGCGGAGCAGAUCGGCUUGGUUUUGGGGCAGGUGCAGGGUCAGGACCAGCGCCAGGAGCCUUAUGCCGAGAGCUUCGACGACCCAGAAGCAGAGUUCGCUGGGCCUGAGACUGCGGGGGCCCCUACAGAUUUCUCGGCGGCCUCCUCUCCUCACCGGCCACCGCCCCCACCCUGGGGUCACGCUGGCAGUGAGGGCCCAGCUCCAGCCUAUGUGACCAGUGGACCCUUUAGAGAAGCGGGGCUCCCGGGCCAGGCUGCCUCCCCUCUGGGCAUGGUCCCUGGGAGGCUCUUUGGAGACCCCAGACACGUGCUUGUUGCCACAGGCCUUCCGCGAAGGUUCUUCCACCAGGACCAGCCCCCCAUGGGGGGCCUCACCACGGAGGACAUUGAGAAGGCCCGGCAGGCCAAGGCUCGCCCGGAGAGCAAGCCCCACAAGCAGAUGCUCAGCGAGCACUCUCGGGAGCGGAAGGUGCCGGUUACACGGAUUGGGCGGCUGGCCAACUUCGGAGGUCUGGCCGUGGGUCUAGGCUUUGGGGCGCUGGCUGAGGUAGCCAAGAAGAGCCUCCGCCCAGACGACCCUUCAGGGAAGAAGGCCGUGCUGGACUCCAGCCCCUUCCUGUCGGAGGCGAACGCGGAGCGGAUCGUGCGCACGCUGUGCAAGGUGCGCGGGGCGGCGCUCAAGCUGGGCCAGAUGCUCAGCAUCCAGGAUGAUGCUUUCAUCAACCCCCACCUGGCCAAGAUCUUCGAGCGGGUGAGGCAGAGCGCGGACUUCAUGCCAUUGAAGCAGAUGACAAAAACGCUUAACAAUGAUCUGGGCCCCGGCUGGCGGGACAAGCUGGAGUACUUCGAGGAGAGGCCCUUCGCGGCUGCCUCCAUCGGGCAGGUGCACCUGGCUCGCAUGAAGGGUGGCCGCGAGGUGGCCAUGAAGAUCCAGUACCCCGGCGUGGCCCAGAGCAUCAACAGUGACGUCAACAACCUCAUGGCCGUGCUGAACAUGAGCAACGUGCUUCCCGAAGGCCUGUUCCCCGAGCACCUGAUUGACGUGCUGAGGCGGGAGUUGGCCCUGGAGUGUGACUACCAGCGGGAGGCCGCCUGCGCCCGCAAGUUCAGGGAGCUGCUAAAGGACCACCCCUUCUUCUACGUGCCCGAGAUCGUGGAUGAGCUGUGCAGCCCCCAUGUGCUGACCACAGAGCUGGUGUCUGGCUUCCCCCUGGACCAGGCGGAGGGGCUGAGCCAGGAGAUCCGGAACGAGAUCUGCUACAACAUCCUGGUCCUGUGCCUGAGGGAGCUGUUCGAGUUCCAUUUCAUGCAGACGGACCCCAACUGGUCCAACUUCUUCUAUGACCCUCAGUUGCACAAGGUGGCUCUUCUGGACUUCGGGGCGACUCGGGAAUACGACCGAUCCUUCACCGACCUCUACAUUCAGAUCAUCAGGGCAGCUGCCGACAGGGACAGGGAGGCGGUGCUGAAGAAGUCCAUCGAGAUGAAGUUCCUCACUGGCUAUGAGGUCAAGGCCAUGGAGGACGCCCACCUGGACGCCAUCCUCAUCCUGGGAGAGGCCUUCGCCUCGGAGGAGCCCUUCGACUUCGGCACGCAGAGCACCACCGAGAAGAUCCACAACCUGAUCCCCAUCAUGCUGAAGCACCGGCUCAUCCCGCCCCCCGAGGAGACCUACUCCCUGCACAGGAAGAUGGGGGGCUCCUUCCUCAUCUGCUCCAAGCUGAAGGCCCGCUUCCCCUGCAAGGCCAUGUUCGAGGAGGCCUACAGCAACUACCAGCGGCAGGCGGCGCGGCCCUCCGCUUGAGCCCGGCGCCCGCCGGCGCCCCGGCUCCCCAGGCACGCUGCCUGGUGUGUGCGCAGCCUCUGUACGGAGCAGAGACCCGACGGCAGGUUCCCGUCCUUGUCAGCGGGCGGUUUCCGUCCUGUGAACGCUAGCGGGGGUGGGGGCGGGCCUGCCGGGGGAUCCCUGCCCCCAGAAAUACGGAGAAGCCUUGUUGGAUGUUAUUGGACGCACGUAGAGGAUGAGGCUUGUGUGAUUCUAGGAGAUUGUGUUUUGUGCCCUCUGUUCCAGCCUGUCUCCGAGCGGUGCCCACAAGCACUGCUUCCCUGCAUGAGCCCCGCCUGCUCUUAGGCUGGGCUGUGCCCUCUGGACAAGUGGAAGUUUCUGGACCUGUGGAAGGGGUCAGGAGCAGUCCAUGCUAGACGUCAGUGUGUGGAGGCCCCUCUUGCCCCCUCCAGGCCCAGGGGCUUUCAUGGAAAAAGAUGACUGUGCCAGUGUCACCUGGUUAGACCCGAGAGGUCACCACAGGCUGUUAAUUUUUGUACAAUUCUUGUAAUUGUCUGAUUUGUUUCAAUAUUAAAAAAGACAAAAACGCA